GGGGGGGGUUAGGGUUAGAGUUGGGAUGUCUGUAAAAAGGUUUAGAAUGAAGCUAGAAAUAUGAAAUUAGGAGUUAGUGGUAACCCUAGAGUUGAAAAACUCGCGUGAUUUGUACACAUCCAUUAAUUGUGUGUGCGUUUCUUGUCAUAGUACAAACUACGUUUUAUGAUGCGACGACGCUGCGGAUAAAGUCUAGUUUAGGCACUAAAAACACUUCAGGUCAGGGUUAAGGAAAGAUCAUGAUUUGGGCAAGUGUUAACUCUCGCGGGAUCUUUCGCCAAUCUAGGGUUACCCUAGACAGUGAGCCCGGAUGUGACGCAGUGUGGUAACAUCCUCCAUUUAAAACAAGAAGCUCAACAGCUUGGGGUACAAGUCGUUACCAGACAGGUGAAAGCUGCCUGUCGGUACCGGAGAAAACACUAAGCAGUGAAGCUGUAGAGCCGGACAGAGAGGGUGAGCAGGGUGUAGCGGCGCAUGUUGUGUGUUGAUAGACCGGAGCUACCGAUAAACAUGACCCGUAGAAGAAGUGUAGUGUGGGGCUUCUUUAAAACAGUCGACUCAGGCUCGGUCCAGUGUCUGCUCUGCAAAAAUUAUCUGUUGAAACGCGAGCAGGGGACCACCACAGCCAUGCUGAGACAUCUGCGUGUCAAACAUCCCACCGAGGUAGCCAUAGCCGAGAAAAGUGAUGGACAGGGACCUGAAACUGCUGCCAGCCAUGGAGUCCAGGACCUGGAGGCUGACCGGGGACAGUUCUGCUCCGUGGAAGUGGCGCUGGAGGAUGGAGACUCUGACACCAUCACCACAGUGAAUGAAGCUGACAUUAAUUUGGCCAUUAAUGGCAUCCUGGAAGCUGCACAAGGAGCUCCAGUAGAGCCAAGAACAGAUGAGGAGGCAAGUGGCCGCUGUUUAAAGCGCAGACGGAACACACGGAGUUUGAUUUGGAGACAUUUUGAGCGCUUGGAGAGUUUGGCUGCUGCUCGCUGCCGGAUUUGCAAGAAAAAGAUACAAUGCUUCGACAGCAGCACCAGCAACCUGCACCGACACAUGUCAAAGAGGCACCCGGAGGCGAUUCUGUUAGCGGUUGAUGUGCAGAACCCGCCAAUAUCCAAGUCAUCACACGGCUCAAAUACUAACGGUGACACAUCUACACCACCAGUGACUGUGGAGGUGUCGGAGCAGAGAGAGUUUCCAGAUGUGAUCAAAGAUUCAAGAAUGUUUGGAGGAGAGAGGCGUGUUUUCAGGAGAGAACAGGAGCUAAUAGAAGCUCUGAGGAGAGCACAGCGGGAGGAGGCGCGUGCCCUGGAGCAUCAGAGGGAGCUUCUUGAGAAGCUGCGUGCAGUGAAUGCCAGAGAGGCAGCUGCAGAGAGGGAGCAAAUUGAGUCACUGAGGAAAGCACAGCAGGAGGAAGCCAAAGACUUAAAUAGACAGAGAGAAGGGCUGCAGACAGAAAAGGCAGAGCUGCAGAAGAAAUGGGAAGAGCUUCAACAGGAAAAGGAAGAACUCCUGUUUUCCAGAGGACAGCCAGCCUCCUGAUUGUGCGACUCAGGACCUAACAGGACUGAUGGGUGUUGACUGUCAUCAUCAUCAUUUCUAAAAUGAUUUAGGACAAACACAUGAUCGCAUGAAAAUGUAAACUCCACUCCAUUACAGCUGUGCCUUAUGAUGUCUAAAAGUGUAAAAAGUUGAAAUGUUGGGACAAAUAAUUUAUUUGAAAAACACUGUAUUCAAAAAGAUAGGAGAUUUCUAGACACUCUUCUUGCAAUAAAUGCUUUCAUUAAAUGAAUGCAUCACUUAUGUUUCAGUCCUUCAGAACCCUAAUUAUGGAGUUAUUAAUUUAAUGGAUUUCAGUAGGAAGUAUUUUCUUAUUUAAAAAAAAAAGAAGAAAAAAAAGGUUGAAAUUCCUCAAUUGGCAGGUGG